AUGAAAAUCAAGGUUGAAAAUGAUAGAGCUUUGAAAAGAAACCCAACAAAUCAAGAAAUCAAUAAUAUACAAACUAAUGUUGGAAAUAUUCAAAAGCUGGACCAUCGGAAGCAAUCGAAAGUAGAAGUUUCCAAGAAAGUUGUUGAGUCAAGUAAAUCUGUUGUUCAGAACAACAAUAAGAAGCAGUUGGAAGUACAAGCCACUAAGAAAAGUGUCGAGCCAAGCAAAGUGUCUGUACAAAACAGUAAUAUUAGGAGGCAAUUUGAAGUAGAAGUCUCUAAUAAAGUUGUUGAGACGAGCAAAGUUCCUAUUCAGAAUAUUAAGAGGAAAUUGUUAGUAGAAGCCUCUAAGAAAAUUGUUGAGCCGAGCAAAGUGCUUGUUAACAAUAAUACUAAGAAGAAAUUGAAGUGUACGGUGGAUCAUCAAGUUAAAGGUUUAAUUGAAUCACGAGUCUCAAAGAACAUUGACGAGCAAACCAAAGAGGAAUUUAGUCAACAAAAUGCUAAAAAUGUAGCUCAACUGAAAUGGAGACAUCGAAUGGGAAAUAAAGGCUUUGCUGUUAUAAGAGAAAAAAUGCGUGAAAGUAAUGAAGAUAAAGAACCUCCGACUCAAGCUGAAAUGUUCAUUGCUACUCGACAAAGUAGGAAAGGAAAGGAGUUGGAUCAAGAAACUAAUACUGCAAUUAUAAAGCUUCAAGACUUGAUUGAAAAUCAAGGUAAAUCUUCUUCAGAAGCUUUUGAAAGUGUAUUAGGCAAACAAAAACCUGGAAGAGUGCGUUGCCACGGAAGAACCACAACACCGACUCUCUUGAAAAGAAAUGAAGAAAUUGCAAAACUUAAAAGAGAUCAUGUUGCUGAGGUUAGACAUGUGAUACAAGAGAUGGAGGAGAGACGUCGUCAAGAUAAGGAGGAAACAGAAAGAAGAAUGCAACUUCUCCUUAAGACCAUUCUGAAUCAAAACACCUCAAAUUUGGAUAUAGAGGCUCUGGCAACUUUGAUAUCAGCUCCUGCAACUGAUGCUAAUAGUGCCUUACGUUCUUCUGCAUCAACACAUGCUCCAACUAAUGAUCAAAACAUGAAUGAUGAUAUCAAUGGAGAUUUUCAGUCAUUCGGAGAUGAAGAAACAUAG